GCGUAGGCGUUACGUCACUGAAGUCCUCCAGCUCUGGGAAGAUGCUGGUGUGUGUCUGCAAAUAAUAAAAUCAUAAAGCAAUACAAAGAAAAAACAGGCCGCUUCCUCUCUAUCAGACAUCUAUUGGACAGACGGUCGUUGCACGUCGGAUGAAACCGACCGGCCAUACAAGGCCACCAUAGUUGCUCCGUUUGACAGAAAGAGACCGGCCUUUGCUUGACAGAUCACAUUCCUAACACUUGAGAAGAAGAUGACCUGGCCUGUUUAUUAGCACAUUCCUUCACAAUACAUUUCUGGUGGGUUCUCUUGCUCGCACUCUAAGCCUGCCAAUAUGUACGGAAGUUCACGCUCCGUGAGCAAAAUGGACAGUAAUCACAGCGGGGGAAGAAACAACCAGGGCAACUCUGGACGCUCGCCACGGCUGCCUCGGUCACCCCGUAUGGGCCAUCGUCGCACCAAUAGCAUGGGGGGCAGCGGUGGAGGCCCGGGUGGCUCUGGAGGCAAGACCUUGUCCAUGGAGAACAUUCAGUCUCUCAAUGCCGCCUACGCCACGUCAGGACCGAUGUACAUGAGCGACAACGAGGUCGCAAUCAGCACCUCCUCCGACCUCCUUAAAAGCGGCGUAGCGACGGGGCGCUUUGGAGGCAGCAUUCCUUAUGGGGUCCGGGCCACGGUUACAGGCAGCACACCGGACAUGGCCAUGGUGCCGGCGGUGUCCACCGACUCCAUGGGCUUUGGAGGGGAGAUCCACGCAGCAUCAACCGUUCCUCACUCGCUACGUCAGGCGAGGGACAACACCAUCAUGGAGCUCCAAGCUCAGCUCAAGGAGGUGCUGAGGGAGAACGAGCUCCUUCGGAAGGAAAUCGAGGUGAAGGAGAGCAAGCUCAGCUCCUCCAUGAGCUCCAUCAAAAGCUUCUGGAGCCCGGAGCUGAAAAAGGAACGUGCGCUGCGCAAAGACGAGGCGUCCAAAAUAGUAGUGUGGAAGGAGCAGUACCGCGCUGUGCAAGACGAGACACAGCACCUGCAGACAACAGUGCAGGCGCUGCAGGCCGAGCUGCGUAUCCAGCGUGACUUGAACCAGCUACUCCAGCCGCCCGGGGAGCCUCUGGCCUGCGAGCCCAGCGAGGAGCAGGAGCGGCAGGCUCGAGAGGUGUUCCUGCUCCGCCGUACCCUGGAGGAGAUGGAGGUUCGCCUGGAGACCCAGCGGCAGACGCUAGUUGCUCGCGAUGAGUCAGUCAAAAAGCUUCUGGAGAUGUUGCACAGCAAGGGACCCUCCACUAAAGCCAGUGAAGAGGAUCACGAACGCACACGUCGCCUCGCAGAUGCUGAGAUGCACGCGCACCACCUGGAGAACCUUCUAGAACAGCGUGAUAAAGAGCUAGCGGCUUUGAGGGAGGAGCUGCAUCGCCGCCUCGAGGGGACGCCAGAGACUACGAAAACCAAAGCUCUCCAGACUGUAAUUGAGAUGAAGGAUUCUCAGAUCAGUUCUUUAGAGAGGGGUCUCAGAGAGUUGGAGGACCAGGUCAUGAUGCUCCGCUCCAGUAGCAUGCUUAGCUGUGAGGAACGGCAGGAGGAGGCCAAACAGAUGGAGGUCUACCGCAACCACACCAAGUUCAUGAAGAACAAGAUGGACCAAGUUAAGCAAGACCUUUCCAGGAAGGACACCCAGCUCCUUGGCUUGCAGACCAAGCUGGAGACCCUGACUAACCAGUUCUCUGACAGCAAACAGCAUAUUGAAGUUAAAGAGUCUCUGACUGCCAAAGAACAACGUGCCGCUAUUCUACAGACAGAGGUGGAUGCUCUGAGGUUGCGUCUGGAGGAGAAGGAGACCAUGUUAAACAAAAAGAGUAAGCAAAUCCAGGAAAUGUCUGAAGAAAAGAGCACGCUCAACGGAGAAAUCCAUGAUCUGAAGGACAUGCUGGAGGUUAAGGAGCGUAAAGUAAACGUGCUUCAGAAAAAAAUUGAAAACCUGCAAGAGCAGCUGAGGGAUAAAGAGAAGCAGAUGAGCAGCCUUAGAGAGAGGGUGAAGUCCCUACAGACAGACACGUCUAACACAGACACGGCCCUCACUACACUGGAGGACUCACUGGCCGAGAAGGAACGUAUUAUUGAGCGCCUGAAGGAGCAACGUGACCGUGAGGAGCGAGAGAAGGCAGAGGAACUGGACAGCAGUAAAAAAGAGCAGGAGUUAAAGGAGAAAGUCAGCAUGCUGCAAGGAGAUCUGUCAGACCGAGAGACUUCUCUGCUGGACCUCAAAGAGCAUGCAUCGUCGCUGGCCUCGUCUGGCCUGAAGAAAGACUCCAAACUGAAAAGCCUAGAGAUCGCCCUUGAGCAGAGGAGGGAGGAAUGCAUUAAACUUGAGAACCAACUAAAGAAGGCUCAGAGCGCUGCAGCCAAUGCACAGGCCAACGCAGAGAUAUCUGAGAGAUUUCUUCACUCCGAAACUGAUGUGGCCAGACACAGAGAAGACUCUAAAGCUCAGGCUGAAGUUGAUCGUCUAUUGGACAUCCUGCGUCAGAUGGAAAACGAGAAGAACGACAAAGACAGAAAAAUCAGUGAGCUGGAGAGUGUGACUUCCAGGCAAAUGAAAGAGCAAAGUAAGAAGUCCUCUGGCAAACACAAGGAGCCGUCAGGGAAGGGCAGAAAUGUCAACGAUGGCCCACAGCAGGAGUCCCUGCGGCAGAAGGCAGAGCGCAUCGAGGAGCUGGAGGAGGCUCUCAGAGAGAGUGUUCAAAUCACUGCCGAGAGGGAGAUGGUGCUGGCGCAGGAGGAGGCCGCACGAACCCACCAGGAGAAACAGAUGGAAGAGCUACUGGGAGCCAUGGAGAAAGUGAAGCUGGAGCUGGAGUCCAUGAAGGCCAAGAUGUCUUCCACCCAGCAGUCCCUGGCAGAGAAAGAAGCUCAUCUGACCACACUGAGAGCCGAAAGGAGGAGACACCUGGAGGAGGUGCUGGAGAUGAAACAGGAGGCCCUGCUGGCCGCCAUAAGUGAGAAAGAUGCUAACAUAGCCUUGCUGGAGCUGUCUUCAUAAAAAAAGAAGACACAAGAGGAAGUGGCCCAGCUGCGGAGGGAGAAGGACCGUUUGGUGCAGCAGCUCAAGCAGCAGACACAGAACCGUAUGAAGCUCAUGGCGGAUAACUACGACGACGGCUACUUGAAAACACCACCUGACCAGACCAACCACAAACCUCCGAAAUCACCCGAUCAGAUAAGAUCUGGGCGGAAAGCUACAGCGCACAGGAGCUCUGCAUCGGCCACCUGAUUAUCCCGUCAACCACCCCAAAACCCUUUACUAACACAACCAGCUCAGCCCACAUCUCAUCACACCAGUUACCCAGGACCCACCGCCCGUGACCACACACACUCUCACAGUGGGAGCCUGGGAUGGUGAGUCAGUGUGGAGCUGCAGUUCCCCCCGGACCCUGCUUUGGACCUCCAGAAGCAAACUGGCCAUGAUCGAACCCUCCAGCUCCACUGUCUCUCACCCCAACUAAACCGGAGCCCUCUAAGAGCCUGUAACUGUCUGUCGUCUUAAUACUGGUGCAGCAUUGAAAAUAUGCAGUGUUAGUUGAGUCGUGAAUGCAAAUUUAAUUUUGUUCUCUUGAUAUGUCAUCAUGGUUGAGUAAAUCCAGAUUUAGAAUGUUAACCUGAUCAAUGGGUGGUGCUAUAUAAACAUAACUGAAUGCCAAACUGUUGUUAAACAAUUUUAAAAAAAGUGUUAUGCUACUUAAACUGCACUCAGCAUUAAGACUACCAGACCUUUCAGAUCUAUUCUGCGUUUAGGUAGCGUCUUGCACUGGUUAUACUUCAUUGGAUGACCCUUGCCCUUUACCGAAAACCUAUAGGACACCUUCAAGAGCAUGACAUAAACAUUUAUAGAUAGUGAUGUCUAUUUGUCACACCUGACUCUUCGUCAGUGGAAAAAAUCAGGUUCUGUAUGUCCUUUAAUUCAAAUUAACAGCUGCUACAAGGAAUAGACAUAAAAUAUAUAUGAAAAGAGUUUGCGUUGCUCAUGAAGGAGUCCACCGAGGGAUGCGUGCAAGAAAUUACAGUUCUCGCUUAAAGAGACUAUAGUUGUUUUCUAGCAGCUCUUAGACAGGACAUCGUAGGCUCCCAAAUAUCUUCAUAUCAUGUCCAGAUAACCAGUUUCUGAGAGCGCAUUGCUGGUUUUAUGUGCUCUCAUAAAUGUGGAUAUCAUUGUGUCUAUCUCUCUCUCUCUCUCAAAGUGGAAUUUUUUAUGUUGCAUUUGUGGCCUAUUGUCUUCGUGUAUUAAAAUUACAAUUAAAAAAAAAGGAUAGUCCACCUAAAAAAAAAAAAAAAAAAAAAAAAAAAGAAAAUGAAAAUGAGAAGAUAAAAUCAGACAAAAGACACGGGUAUGGGUGUUCUGAAUUUGUAUAAAUGUGUAUGUAUAUAAAUAUGUAUUAUCAGUG